AUGUUUGGUACAGUGAUACUAUCCUACUUACAUGGCAGGCCUGCGGUCUGGUGCAACAUGAGUCGUAUUGUUUUUCAUGCGCACCAGGAAGUCAGUUGCAUGGAGGAAAUUCAGAUAUUACUCAAUGCAACCGAAAUCGGUCUGGCAAACAAAACAUGAUAGAAACAUCUGUGACUGUGUUUGUUGAAGUCAUUGUGAUGCAGUAGUGUAAUGGGAAGGAAUAACACUUUAUACAGACACACCAUCAUGCCGCUGUUGGGAUUGUAUCACGUUGCACUUUUCUGUGCGUUUUCCGUGGGUCUGGUGACUGGUCAGAAUGAAGCCUGCCAGGUGUGUACGUGUACACCAACGAAGGUAGUGGAUUGUACGGGCAAAGGUUUGACAUCACUGCCUCCUGGAAUACCGGAGAAUACUCUAGUGCUGAAAUUCGGACAUAAUAACCUGACAAGAAUUCGAAGGCACACCUUCAAGAACCUCACCAGAUUGAGAAGGCUGAAUUUGGAAUCGAAUCAUAUUUCGACGAUCGAGCCGGGAGGCUUCAUUGGACUUUCCAGGGUGUUGAAUUUGCUGCUUGAGUACAAUCAUGUAGAGAAGCUGGAUGCAGACAUCAUGUCAGGCAUUGGUGGAGGAUUUGGGUUUUACAUGAGGAUGGAAGGCAACAACUUAAAGAGCUUGGGUCCGCUGACUUUCCAUAGAGUAGCAACACCUUACCGCAUUACGUUUCGUAGCAAUGCCCUCGUGGAGGUUCCAUCACGACUGAUGUAUCAGGAAAAUAAAGAAGUUACCAUGUAUACCUUGGUCUUCACAGAUAAUAAAAUUGAACGUUUGGCGCCCGAUGCAUUCGAGGGAGUAAAGUACAUACAUACACUGUAUUUCACUUCAAACAGAAUUGCAUCUCUUCCUGAAAAUGUUUUCAUCAACACAACUAUUGGUAGUACUUUGGACUUGUCUUCAAACCUGCUCAAAGGUCUUCCAGCAGGAGUAUUUCGAUCGUCAGGAAAACUACGUGCCUUGUACUUGAACAACAAUCUUUUCUCUGUUCUCUCGAAGAAGAUGUUUGAUGGACUGCACUCCUUGCAAGAAGUAAUGAUUUCAAACAACCCUAUUACCAAAAUGGAUGAACGGGUAUUCUCCGACACCCAACUAGUCAACAUGUACAUUUACAACACCCAGCUGACGUCAACCGGUAACAGGCCAUUUGUAACGAGGAACAACACUAUAAAGCUAGCGUCAUUUCAUGGCAACAACAUAAAAAUAAUCUCUGAUUCCGUUUGGCAAGAUUUGGGACCGCAAUGCAAAGUAUACAUCGGUACUACUCUACAAAGAGCCCCUAACGCAAGAUCAGACCUCGAAAUUGAUCUGGUGGGAAGUGGAUUCGUCCAGUCAAUCAAUGUAACGCAUGAAACAGGCCAAGCCUUAAGCAGCGCUGGUUUUAGCUGUUUAGAAUUAUCUGAUGCACUUUGGGUAUGCACACCAUGUCACCAAGGCUUCUACGGUGGCCCCUUGAAUUCGUGUAGGCCCUGCCCACCUGGUGGAUUUUUCCAAAACCGAACUGGACAAGUUGUAAGGAGACGUGGCGACAUGAACUGUCAUUUUUGCAACAAUGGCACUUACGUUACAUUGGAGACUCAUCCUGGAAGAAAUAUUGGCGAUUGUGUCGUAUGCCCAUCGGGCACGGAUAAAAAUCGUCAGGCUGGAUUCCGCGCGUGCCCUUGUGUAUCCAAUUACUACCGCAGAGACAGGUUUGGUGAAUGCUUCCCUUGCCCCUUAGAAGGUAUCAACUGCUCGGGGGAAUACCAACAUCUCCUGCCUGGAUUCUGGUGGACUUGGGACUGGAGUUCAGUGGACAAUUACCAUUCAUAUAAGAAAUUUGUACAAAACAUUCUCGUGCGGAACGAUAGCUACGAUAGAAACACCCUUUCAUUCCAAGGAGCGCUGCCCAAAGUUCAAGCAUGCCCGAGGAAUGAAUCCUGUCAAAAUCUUGGUGACGGAGUAAAUAUGACAUGCCAACUUGGUUACGGGGAUUUCAUGUGUUCCCAGUGCAUUGCCGGUUUCUAUUCUUGGUUGGAUCGGUGUUUCGAAUGUCCAAGGUGGUGGGUGUUCCUUCUGGAAGUCUUAGCUUCUGUUCUUACCAUUGUUUUGGUAGUUGCCAUUGUUGUCUGGGACCUUCGGAGGCAUCAUCGAAGAGGUCGGUCCAUACUCAGUGUGCUGUUCUCACGAUUUAAAAUUUUGCUCGGCUUCUAUCAGAUCAUAGGCGAGAUAUUCGACGCACUGCAUGAUCUUCCCUGGCCGAGACCUUUGAUGAAGGUUGGUCAGUUUUUUAAAGUUUUAGAAGUGAACAUCAUGCAGAUGAUUGUUAGUCCUCGCUGUUACUUCCCAAACUUUACCUACCCAACAAUUUACAUUGAGUUCAUGGCUGGUUUGAGCUUUUUUAUGCUUGUAAUUGUGUUGGUGAUGUCAGUUUACAGAAUAAAACAGUGCUACCUACGUCUUAAGGAGACCCCAGUUGACGUUUGUAAUGAACUAAUGGCUCGAACAAAACAAAAAUGCUACCUAGUCGUGGUUGUUUUGCUUUUUAUUACAUAUCCAAGCCUAUCGAGUACCAUCCUAACAUUGCUGCCGACUGGCUGUGAUGUAUUCUACCUAGAUGAAAAAGAAACAAUCAAAGUUCUUCGACUUCGAUCAGACUAUUCCAUCGACUGUGAAACAGAUCAACAUGUCGGGUAUACCUACGUGGCCGAGGUUUCUCUCUGUUAUGUUAUUGGCUUUCCGUCAGUGUUGCUGGUUAUGCUGUGGACGAAUCAUCGGGGGAGACUGAAGAAAGCCAGUGAUCCCUCGAGCUCAUUAGAGUUUAGGAAUAUAUCAGAUCAAACUCCAUCGGAAGAUCUAGAUCAGCAGACUGAUCACGACAAUCAGCGUCAUCAGACAGAUGAUGUCUCACACAGAAGUACCAACAAUUUUGCCACUGUCGCUUCUCAAGAUAAUGCGUAUGAUAUAAUGCACGUAGAUCCAAGCAUUGAUCAGCCUGUGUCUCUUCCAGCGUUCAGCUCAUCAGCUGCUAGAAGUGUUACUUGGGGAACUUUCCUAUGUGAAAACUACAAGGAGAAAUUCUGGUAUUGGGAGAUCGUAGAGCUCGUACGAAAAAUCCUCCAAGUUCUCUUCGUUCUGUUGUUCGGUGCUGAGGAUCACUUCACCCUCUUCGCGACCAUCGUCCUAUCCGUUGGCUUUCUCGUCGUCCAUGCCUACGUUAAGCCAAUGAAGGAUGCUGCAGAGCAUCGUCUACAGAUGUGCUCCCUGGCUAGCAUCUUUCUCAAUCUGUUGGCGGCCUCUUUGCUCCUGUUGCCGAGUGAGGGCAGCAAUCCAAGCAACUCAAGAAAAGAGGUUUUGGCAGUAUUUUUCGUACUACUCAACCUCAGCAUCGUAGCUUUCGUGGCAGGAAGCGCAAUCAUGACGCUUGCAAAGACAGUUUUUAAUACUGCAUGCUGUCAGCACACUGCUGGGUUCAUCGCUCACGCCUUCUGUCGGCUUCGGCCGUCACGACUGUACUGGGCACCGAGACGCCGCCGUCGUGGUCGUGGUACUGCUGGAGAAACGCAAGGUCUGUUAAGUGGAAGGCCUGAUGCACAGAGUGUUCACCCAGAAAGCUUGACUGAGACACUGGCUGUGUGAUGGUCCUCGUUGAUUUUGUUCAUCAUUGGCGUGGAUCACCACAGAUGCCCAUUAAACGUUUGGCGAAUAAUUCUGUGGAGGAUCUAUUAUCCCUUUCGAUUGGACAUCCAUAAGACUAGGUAUAAUCUUAUUUCUCAGGCAUAGACAUAUAGUAUAGAAUUUGAACCUGUGCAUGGGUUUAGUGAGGCAACCUUCGAUUGGAGUGAAUCCUUUCUUUGCCACAUGGACACGGCUGGAUAUUCACUGUUUUGUAUUGUCCAAAAGAUUAAUUAUCCAUGUAAUAUGAACAUGCUGCGGCGUGGACUAAUUUGUUAUAAUUUAGGACAAUGACAGUGGUGCGACGAAGCUUGGAUGCUGCACCAUGUGAACUCUUUUUUGGGAGUUUCCAGGAAUUCGAAGAAAACCGAUCGACUCUACCAUGAAUACAUCAAUUCAUUCUGGAACCUUAUUUCUAAGAGAGACUUCAAUCGUGCCUUUGCAAACCUGCUUUAACGUCCACCACUCAAACCUAAACAUUGUUGUGGAGUAUAAUGAUACUGUCAAACGCAAUUGCAGUCUGGAUGCAUAAUGUAUUAUACGUGCACAGUCAUGAAGAUCGAUAACAUACUCGUGGCUUAGAUAACCAUUAGACAAUAGAUUGUUUUAUAUUACUGUGCUCAUUUUAUUUUAAUGUCACUAUUAUUUGCCGCUACACAGAAAACAAAAAAGGCUAUUUCGCGAUUACGUCUCAUUUUGGACAUCGAAAACUGCAAAAAAUCUAGUGAUGUUUUGUUUACUUCUGUGUCUAUAUAAACAAUUGUUUGAGGUGCAAAAUCAGUAUACACUGAGUUUGAUAGGGCGUUACAAUGUGCUUACCAUAGUAGUUUAACGUGACAUUUAGAAGUGUUAAAUAUUCAAUUUUGAAAGUCUGCACGUGCGUGCUGAUUUUUCAUGAGUUCAAAUACAGCGUACGGUGUUCACCUGUCAUCGUUUGAGAAAAUCAGCUCCAAAGGACAUUGGGCCCAUUAUUCAACAUAAGUGUUUGAGAACUUUUAGAAUUCUGAUAUAAAACCGUUAAAAUUUAUUUGGAUUAAGUAUUCAUUGGGUGGACGGGUUUUUCCCGCGUUGGUAAAUUGGAAUACAUCUCCAAUGUGUCUGACUCCUUUGUGUAAAAUGUUAUACGUACUUGUAGUUCCUGGAACUAAGGAAAAGCGUUCGGUAAAGUUUAUAAUGUCUUUAUCUUUACUGCGAUUUAAUCAUAUAAGACGCAUGUAUUUACGCAGCUUCGUACUGAAUUCAGGUAAACACAUACAGAAAGCCUGUUGGCAAGGCGUGAAGGAUAGCGAUUUUCUGGAAAAGUAAGACGAUUUUGAUGCCAUGUCAAAUGAAAAAAGCUUUAAUAAUGGGGAAUAACGAUAACGUUGCCUAGAAUAUAGUUCAAAUCUUGGCAAAUGGAAGGCAAAUGGCAAAUGGAAGGUAAAACAAUGUAUGCAGUGUGUAUCUUGUUUGAUAUGCAAGAUCAAUGUGGUUUCUGUGACAACCUCAAUGGGUCAAUGCACGUAUACCUGUUGCAUUGGCAGGCUUACUGUGAUAUACCACAGCUUUAAAAAUAAGAGGGAUGUUUGUUGUAUGAA